AUGGACACGCCUGCGUUCACGCCUGAGACUCUGCAUUCGUCGCUUGGAUCAUCCUCCACACAACCACCGCAGAAGCCGGGAAACACCAACAACAACGGCAUGGCCUUCUCCAACAUGGACUUCUUCGCCAACGCCCUUCGCCCGCUCUCCCCGCCCGAGUCGCCCUUCAACUUCAACGCCGCGUUUUCAAAUUCAAAGCCUCCAUCCAGGACUUCGACUGCGCCGGCGAGCCCGCACUUGGAUCUCCCCAAGCCUGUGAAGAGAGCAUCGCCUAACUUAAAGCUGCAAGCCCGGGCCCGCAGCGUGCAACCGCAAAAGAAAACAGAGGUCAAUCCGUACUUUCCCUCCAUCGCUGAGCAACAAAGAUCUGAGAGGUGGAUGCGCGACGCUGCGCGCUUGCCGCAGGGUUCUCCACCUAGCACGAGCGAAGCCCCACUUGAGGCUCCACGUCCAUCUUCACGUGAAAGAGCAUCAUCGGAUGGAGCCCUGACGCUGAAACUUGAUCUCUCGUCGGCGCAGCGGCGCCGCGCGCUCAAGAUAUGCACCUUUGCACAGAGGGGUGGGGGGCUACCUGCGAGUCCAGAGAGUCUGCCCGAGUCCUCAUCGGGCCAGAAGGUGGCAGAAGAGUACAGUAGGAAUAUGGCGCAGCAUUUGCAGGAAAAGAUGAGGCGGAGGAGUGUUAGGCCUACGCCUUGGGGAAAGGAUUUUGAAUGGUGA